CUGGGGCUGCGAGUUCCGGUGCAUCUCAAUGUGUGCUUUGGUGGUCGGCUGGGAGGAGCGCGGAGGUUUGGGAAGGGACCUGAGGAAAUUGUUUGCCCUCUGAGGCAAAUGAGAGGCCGGGGGCUGUUUCGUAUGGCGAGGGGUUAAAAAAAGCAGCGGCCUCCUCCACCCUGACCAAGACCAGGGUGGUUAGGACCGUUCACCUCAUUAGCCAAGCGUAUCAAGGUGCUGGGUGUGAUCGGGAGAGCUUGUGAGUGAGAAGGGAGUCAGGGGAGGAGACGGCUCGCAGCAUGGAUCAAGUGGAGAUCCUCAGGACUUUCAUUCAGAAAGUGCAGGCCAUGAAUAACAAGGACCACAACGGGGAGGACACGUUCGCCUGCGAAUUUAUGCGGUUGAGGAGACUGUCCACAAAGUACAGAACAGACAAGAUCUAUCCCACCAGUACAGGCGAGAAAGAGGAAAAUGUGAAAAAGAACAGAUAUAAGGAUAUUCUGCCGUUUGACCACACCAGAGUCCGACUGUCUUUGAAGAUCCCUCCGCAUGAAUCCGAUUACAUCAAUGCAAGCUUUAUCAAGGGAGUAAAAGAACCGAGAGCAUACAUAGCAACACAGGGGCCGCUAGCUAAUACUGUAAUAGAUUUCUGGAGGAUGAUAUGGGAGUACAAAGUUGGAAUAAUUGUAAUGGCUUGCCGCGAGUUUGAAAUGGGCAGGAAAAAAUGUGAACGAUACUUUCCCAGUUUUGGAGAGCAGCCAUUAACAUUUGGACCAUUCCACAUCUCUUGCGAUGCUGAACAGUCCAGGACAGAUUACUUUGUUAGGACACUGCUGGUGGAGUUUCAGAAUGAAACGAGAAGAAUCCAUCAAUUUCAUUACAUGAACUGGCCAGAUCACGAUGUUCCAACAUCUUUUGAUUCUAUCCUGGAUAUGAUUAGUUUAAUGAGAGAUUAUCAGGCUCAUGACGAUGUACCUAUAUGUAUACACUGCAGUGCAGGAUGUGGACGGACUGGAGCAAUUUGUGCCAUAGAUUAUACGUGGAAUCUGCUGAAAUCCGGGCGGAUACCUGAACAAUUCAAUGUAUUCUGUUUAAUUCAAGAAAUGAGAACUCAGCGGCAUUCUGCGGUGCAAACCAAGGAGCAGUAUGAGCUUGUGCACCGUGCGAUAGCACAGUUGUUUGAAAAGCAGCUCCAGGUGUAUGAAAGCGACUCCAAGAAGAUUGUGGAUGGCUUGGAUGACGGCACCGAUAACGCAGUUAGUCCUUUGGAAAGUGAGAAAAUGGACUGCCCUCCACCAAAGCCGCCACGAAUCAGGAGUUGCCUAGUAGAAGGAGAUGUCAAGGAAGAAAUCUUACAACCACCAGAACCUCAUCCUGUGCCGCCCAUCUUGACGCCCUCACCUCCCUCUGCUUAUCCAACUGUGACAACCGUGUGGCAGGACAGCGAUCGCUAUCAUCCGAAACCAGUUUUGCAUGUGCUGUCCAGUGAGAAUUCAACAGAUUUGAAUGAGAACUUUAGCAAAUCAGGAGAGGUACUUGGGAAGAACGAACCUGCUGUUGAGAGGAAGCUUGAGCGCAAGCUCAGUAUUGAGAUAAAGAAGGUACCUCUACAAGAAGGUCCCAAAAGUUUUGAGUCCAGUACGGGUUUGCAUAGGGGACUUGGCAUCAAAAUGAAAUCUACUUCCUGCUAUGCAAUUGACCAAUCACUGAAAAUGCCGGAGUCCGGUUCGGUGGAUUCUGUUGUAGGCUUGACUUCAAAUGCUUGUGUUAGUUGUAGAAGUUCAAAGCCUUCUAAAAUGUUAGAAGAUAAACCACAUCAAAGAAGCUCUGAUCAUCCGCCAAGGCCAGAUCAUCUGCCUCUAGAGAAAGGACUUGCCAUGUCUUCUGCCUUGGAAACUGAACACAAGCAUAAAGAAAUGGACGGGAGUUCUGCAACUGAAAGUAUUUCCAACGCCACAGUAACCUCUCAUAUUCAAAGUCUGGUUGAAGAUCAGAGUGUACCCCGUUCACUUCAGGCUCCGUUGUCUUUUACAAACCCCUUGCACUCUGAUGACUCUGAUAUAGAUGAGGAGAAUUCCUUUGGGUCAGUGUCAAAAAGCUUGUCAAACAUAUCGACCGCAAGUGCCACUGUAUCUGCUGUUUUGGCAGCUGAAAACCUAUCUACUAGGAAAGUAUUACCCAUGUCUAUUGCUAGGCACGAUUCAUCAAACCCCAAAAAUUCUAAGCUGGAAAAAGACAAUACAGAGCAGCUCUGCGAGCCAGGUGCUCCCCCGGCCAGAUCCACGGAUGUGACGGCAGGACAGCAAACUUCGGACGCUGCUGCUCCCGGCCUCAGUAACAGCGAGAAAACAAGAGUAUCGGGGGAUUCAUCUCCACAAUGGACAUGACUCAGGCCUAGAGACUCAUCCAGUUUCAGUAGUAUUAGAUGAAGAGGACCCGCAGAAGACGGCUGUUAUUACGCGCAGUGAACCCAACCUCCCGGCUCACCGAGGAGCUUUCAGCGCAUAUGUUGAAAGACGGCCAAACAGUGAAGGGAUUAUAUUGCCGUCAUUAUCGAAAGUAUUCCGUACCAAUCGUGUUUAAUCAAAGUGUAGAUUACCCUACACAAUGGUACACACUUCUACUGUACAAUUCCAUAUAUAUAUAUCUCAAUUAUUUAAAUGGUUUAUUCCAGUAUCAAAUGCUAAAUGUUUCUUUGCUGGGACCAUAUACCUGCCUUAUUAUAACACUUUGGUUUAAGAAAAGUAUUACGUAUGAUUUUGUAACUUAAUGUAUCAUUGCCUUAAUGUCUCUUAACCCCGUUACACGCUGCUUGUAGAUCUGUUAAUAUAGUGAGACUUUUAUGAUAGUUUACAGACUACUUUUUUGCUAACUUUUGAUUACAACUUAGGUGUUAUUUUGUAUUUGUACAGGGCAAGCAGGUAUAUAUUAUGACAAUAUUGCAGUCAUAGCGUAUUAACAGAAGAUGUAAGAAAUCUCGGCAUGGUCUUAAACUGUUCUUUAUACAUGAUGUAAAUUAUUGGCCCUGAUGGUUUUUAUUUUUAUUUUUUAUUCCUAGCUGGAUAUCUGAGGCCAGCCGUGCAGGUUAACCGAUACGAUUGUAAUACAGUUUGUAAAUUGUAAGCUAAAGGUUAUUUUUAUAUUAUACACAGUUUCAUUGUCAA